AUGGUAACCUCCAUCACACUGUCUGAUGAUCUCACGGAGAGGCUGAUUCUGACUAAUGAAUGUCUCUAUGGAGACUCCCGCCUCCUUCAGGUCGUCUCCAUGGGAGAUCCAGUGGAGCCUGAGGCCCCCCAGACCCCCCAGGGGCCCCGGAGCCCCCAGACCCCCCAGGGGCCCCAGAUGAUCAACAGCAGCCUGCUGGAGACCAGAAUCCAACACCUGAGAGAGUCUGCCUGUCGCCGCCUCGGCUCAGACGUCUUCCAGCAGCUGUAUGAGAACCUGAAGGAGGCCAGGCGGCGGCGGGAGGUUGAGGAUGAGGACAGCGUCACCGAGGACGCUCCAGAGGAUGAACCUGAUGUGGGCUUCCAGGUGGACCAGCUGCUGUUCCUCGAGGGAGAGCUGCAGAGAGUGAGACGGCUGCAGGAGUACACACCCCCAGUCUGAAAAACUUUAUUUAAACAACUCAUCAUCACAAAGAACAUUUCUUACUUUACAGGUAAACUGAUCAGAGCUUUCUGUAUGUGCUAGAAGAAUUACAUUAAACAUUUACAAGGGAAGUGAAUGAAUUUUUCCCCUGAAG